AUGGUUGAUAACCUGCAAUAUGGCUACAAUGAGCGAACGUGCAGAGACUGUAUGCAGAAGGACGAAGAGAUCAGAAAGCUCGAGGCGGAACUCAGCAAAACGACCAUAAACUACAGGGAGGCUCUGGAGAAGAAGCUCCAAGACACCAGAAAUGUUGUGGGAAGGCUCGAGUCCGAGAAAGAUGAGAUAGAAGCAAAGGCCAAGGGUUAUGAAAUACAGAUCAAAGCAGCGGAAAAGAAUUACCAGAACGAAGUGCAGAACAUGGAGGAUUGUAAUUCUGCGUUGUACGAAGAACAGGCUGCCCAUGAGGAGCUCAAGAAAUUGCUCAAGGAGACUAAAGAUGAAGCCAGAGAGCAGAUCAAGUAUGAAAAGAACCGACGAGAAGAAGUGGAGAGGACAAACAAGAUUUUACGAGAACAUUUAUCAGCCGCAUGCCGGGAAAAUGAGACACUGCAGCAUGGUCUGUCAGAAGCCCACAAAGAGAAGAAAUUGCUGAUAGAAGCUCUCGAAAAAAUAUCCGGCACCAGUCCCUUAGUUUCAAACACUCCAACGGUUGGGUUGGACAACUCGCAAAUCGACCUGUCUCAUGACGAUAACAGGGGCAUCAGCGAUGAUCACACGGCACUGUUGGCAAAUUUGACGACACAAAAGUCUCCGUCCAGUCGUCGAGAUAACGGACCGAACAUAAAGUCGUUCGACCAAGAAUUUUCUGCUAUAGGGAAACGGAGCGCUGAGUUCACUUUGGACGAGAAAGCGGCCUCGGGAGCAACAGAAUAUGAUGAUGCUCGAAAGAAGCUAAAGACAAUGCAUCCAAGAACUUCUCGAGAUGUAAAUUGGGCGCCGACUGAAGACCAAAACGGGCACACGCCCAGCAAGUUUGAAUUCACAUUUUCCGUUCCCGCUCCUGGAUCCAAACACGCUCCUCCAGUCUCUAGGAGUCCAAAAUCUGCAGCAAGAGACACCACAGAUGGCCAGAUUGCGUGGCCGAAUCUAUCUGACAAGGCAAGUGCCAGGUCCUGA